UCCUACAAUGCACAUACGGCACAGGUAAACACCACGCGGAGAGCUACUGACAAUCUCACUGGAUUAUAACUUUCAAUAACAUGCCGAUUUCUUCCUAAAUUUUUAUGUACUCAUCAAUAUUUCUCUAAUCCUUCUGUGUGCCGCUUGCUUCACACUUCAAGGAUGAGAACGUACUACUGGAACGUAAUGGUAACUGAAGACAUUUCUAACUGCUCAUGUUAUCGCUGUACUGAUGGUACCACCUAAGUCCUGGAGUGGUGAACUACUACCCAUUUUGGACACUCAUCCACAAAUUUAGGAGCUGCACGAGAAGAUGCGCUCAAAAUGGACUUAAUUCAAUUCAAUGCCACGGGCGAUGGCAACAUCACGAGACCGUGGCCACACACCGAAGUGGCCGCGGCGUUCAUCAUAUUUGUGGUUUCUGUCCUAAUUAUGGUUACUAUAGUCGGGAACGUCUUGGUGAUAGUGGCGGUUCUGACCAGCCGAGCGCUCCGCGCGCCCCAGAAUCUCUUUUUGGUGUCACUGGCUUCUGCUGACAUCCUCGUGGCUACUCUGGUAAUCCCAUUCUCUCUCGCCAACGAGGUUAUGGGAUAUUGGUUCUUUGGCAGCACCUGGUGCGCGUUUUACCUGGCUCUGGACGUUCUUUUCUGCACGUCGUCUAUCGUUCACCUAUGCGCCAUCAGCCUCGAUCGUUACUGGUCAGUCACUAAAGCGGUGAGCUACAACUUAAAAAGGACACCGAAGCGCAUCAAGUUUAUGAUCGCUGUAGUCUGGGUCAUAUCAGCUGUCAUUUCGUUUCCUCCGAUAAUAAUGACCAAACACGACGAAAAGGAAUGUCUGAUAAAUGAUGACCCUUGGUACAUCCUCUCCUCUGCUGUGGUGUCCUUUUUCGCCCCUGGUCUUAUAAUGAUAAUGGUGUACUGUAAAAUAUACCGGGUGGCCAAACAGCGCUCGUCCACCGUAUUUGUGGCUAAAAACGGCAUCGAGAGACAGCCGUCACAGUCGGAGACGUGCUUCGUCCGGAAGGACAAGUUUGAGAUGGAAAGUCCGAGCAGCCACAGUUCCGAGAGUAACCAGCGGCAAGAGGAGCUGGACGACAUCGACCUGGAGGAGAGCUGCGCGGACAACAAGCCCAAAAGUUCGCGAUUUUCCAAACGGAGGAAAGUGGAGGGCACGGAGCGCUGCCCCAAAGACAACUGUCGCAUCUCGUGGGCUACAAACCGCGCCUCGCAAAUGUGCCAGGAGCAAAAAAACCGACAGCUGAACGUGUCCAAAACAAAGAUUGCUCAGAUGCGAGAAAAACGGUUCACGUUCGUUCUUGCCGUGGUGAUGGGGGUGUUCGUGCUUUGCUGGUUCCCGUUUUUCUUUACCUACAGCUUGCAAGCAGUUUGCGGGAAAAGCUGUAAUGUACCGGAAGGGCUAUUCAAACUCUUCUUUUGGAUAGGCUACUGCAAUAGCUCUGUGAAUCCCAUAAUCUACACAAUUUUCAAUAGAGAUUUCCGAAAAGCUUUCAAGAAAAUUCUGUACUUAUCUGCAGCUCAGCGCACCUGAAAGCCUCCUGUACUUCCGAUCUGUUUAGUUAAAACGAUCCGAGUGAAGUUUGAUCAGUAGAGUCAA